GUCAGCUGCUUCUAUAUGUCUGAGCAACAAAACCUGUUUUUGUGUCACUGUGGGUGCCCGCCUUUCCUUUCGAGCGAUGAUCAGAGAUGCCCACCAAAAAGUUGGCUAUCUUGGAGUCGUUGGAGAACUUGUCCAAGAAGAAUUAUGACAGGUUCUGCGUGGCUCUGGUCGACCGGCGCGGAAAACGGAGGGUGGCCCUGUCCAAGGUGGAGGACGAACCACGCACGGAGGUCACCAACGUGCUGGUGUCCACCUUCACCGAGGCCACAGCUCCGUCUAUCGUCUGUGAGCUCUUGAGGCAAAUCGGGUGCUUCGAUGAGGCUGAAAAUCUGAAUGUACAAAUUGCUCAAAUCGACAAAGAGUCAUUGAAUGCAUCUCCUGACAAACCCUGUUCUGUGACUGAUCGGCGACCAGUCCAGGGUUGUGUCGGCCCUUCACCCAGAGUCAACUGUGAUAGAUUCGAGCAAUCUAAGAACCAAAGGAGGAGCAGCGGGAAAGAAAAGGGAAGAAUGGAUGCUGCCAAGGCAAAAGAACAUGCACAAAUUGCUCAAAAUGACAGAGGGUUAUUGAAUGCAGCUCCUGACAAACCAUGUCCUGUGACUGAUUUGAGACCAGUCCAGGGUGCUGUCGGCCCUUCACCCGGAGUCAGCUGUGAUAUAUUCGAGAGACCUAAGAACCGAAGAAGGAGAAGCAGGAAAGAAAAGGAAAGAAUGAACGCCUCCACAGUGAAAGAAAAUAAAGAUGCUCAGAUAGCUAAAAUCGACAAAAAGUCACUGAAUGCAGCUCCUGACAAACCAUGUCCUGUAACCGACCAGCGACCAGUCCAAGGUGCAGUCGGCACUUCACCCCGAGUUACCUGUGAUAGUUUCCAGCAAUCUGAGGACCGACGGAGAAGCAGCAAAAAAGAAAAGAAAAUGGUGGAUCCUCCCAUAACGGAAGAACCAGCGGCGCAGGCAUUGAUGGCCGUAGGCAAAGCUGCAGCAAUACACUCCAAAGAUGCCCCAAUUGCUAAAAUCGACAAAAAGUCACUGAAUGCAGCUCCUGACAAACUGUGUCCUGCAACCGACCAGCGACCAGUCCAAGGUGCAAUUGGCCCUUCACCCGAAGUCAUCUGUGAUAGUUUUCAGCAAUCUGAGGACCAACAGAGAAGCACCAAGAAAGAAAAGAGAAGGAUGGAUGCUUCCAUAGCGGAAGAACAUUCCCAAAUCACUCAAAUUGACCAACAGUCAUUGAAUGCAACUCCUGAUCAACCAUGUCUUCCGACUUUCCGGCUACCAGUCCUGGGUGCAGUCGGCCCGUCAUUCGAAGGCAGCUGUGAUGAGCUUGAGUUAUCUGAGAAACCAAACGGGAUCAAUGGCAAAGAAAACGGAAGAAAAACGGAAGAAAAGAUGCUUCCACAGUUCUCAAUGAAGAGAGACCCGUCGGCCGCAAAACAAACACCUGUAAUCCAGACACGCAAAUUAUCUGACAGCGACGAAUCCAGCGACGACUCCAGCGAUUACUCCAGCGGUUAUUUUGACAGUGAUGACAACAUAUUUGAUCGAGUUGGAUUUUAUUUGAGGAGGACGGCGAAUAAGACAAUGAAAUUUAUGAAAAAGCAUGUACGCCUAAAAAAAUAAA